AUGGAGGCGGGCUCUGAGGGGGAUGCGAAUAAGGGCAUGGAUCAGGCGGAGGGGUCGAAGAGACCCAAGCGUCAGAUGAAGACGCCAUUUCAGUUGGAGAUGCUCGAGAAAACAUAUGCAAUGGAGAUGUACCCAUCUGAGGCGAUCCGUGCAGAACUUUCUGAGAAAUUAGGUUUAACCGAUAGACAAUUGCAGAUGUGGUUCUGUCACAGGCGGUUGAAGGAUAAGAAGGAGGCCUCGGGUGUCCCAGCCAUAAAGCCACGCCCGAUUGCGUCCACUGGGAGGAAGGGAUUGGCCGAGUCCUCAAGGGAGGAGUUGAUGGCGGCCGAGCCUGUCAAUGGACAUGACUUAGGUUCUGGAUCAGCAUCUGGGUCAGGGUCAGGUUCGAGUGGGUUCAAUAAUGGAGAUGAUACUCCAGUUGUGCCAUCAAGGUAUUAUGAGUCACCUCAGUUGAUCAUGGAAAGGAGAGUGAUAGCUUGUGUGGAGGCCCAAUUGGGAGAGCCUUUAAGGGAAGAUGGGCCUGUUCUUGGUGUUGAGUUUGAUGAGCUGCCACCUGGUGCAUUUGGUGCACCUAUAGUGCCUAGAGAACAGCAAGACGGGUACAGGCAUUCUUAUGAUACCAAUUUGUAUGGGCAAUACAGUGUGAAGCAUAUCAAAGCUUCAUCGACUAACACUCAUGAAGGGGUGGACUCUAAAAUUAGGACCGAUGUGUAUGAGCAUGCGGCCUCGUCAUAUUUACACGACUCACCUAACGGUCCCACGACAAAAGGUUUGUCAAAUAUGCAUUUAAAUGGGAAUCUGCCCAGGGAACAUGUUGGGGACCAGGUAUCAAGCAUGGGUAUGUAUUCUCAGCAACCAAGCAGGCAAAUACAGUUCCCAUCAUCUCCAAAAAAUAUGGAUUUUGUUAUACCCAAUGAUAACAGUCUGCACGUGGAGAGAAAACGCAAGAGUGAUGAAGCUCGACUUGGAAGAGAAGUUCAGGCCAAUGAGAAGAAAAUACGGAAAGAGCUCGAGAAGCAAGACCUUUUAAGGCGAAAGAGGGAGGAGCAAAUGAGGAAAGAAAUGGAGAGACAAGAUCGUGAAAGAAGGAAAGAAGAAUUACGAAUUAUGCGAGAGCAACAGAAGCAGGAGGAGAAAUUUCAGCGGGAGGAGAGGCGUGAAAUGGAACGGAGGGAGAAAUUUAUGCAGAAGGAACUUUUGCGGGCAGAGAGGAGGAAACAAAAAGAAGAGCGCCGGAGAGAGAAGGAAGCAGCUAGACAGAGAGCUGCCAUGGAGAGAGCAACAGCACGGAGAAUUGCUAAAGAGUCAAUGGAUUUAAUAGAAGAUGAGCGCCUGGAGCUAAUGGAAUUGGCUGCUUCAAGCAAAGGAUUUCCUUCAAUUUUGGCUCUUGAUUACGACACUUUACAAAACCUUGAGUUGUUCCGAGACGCCUUGUGUGAAUUCCCACCGAAGUCUGUACAACUGAAAAUGCCUUUUGGCAUCCAACCUUGGAUGGGUUCAGAGGAAAAUGUUGGCAACCUCAUGAUGGUCUGGAAAUUUUGCAUCACAUUUGCAGAUAUUCUUGGGCUUUGGCCUUUUACCCUUGAUGAAUUCCUACAAGCUUUGCAUGACUAUGAUUCAAGACUGCUUGGCGAGGUACAUAUUGCAAUUCUUAAACUAAUUGUAAAAGAUAUUGAAGAUGUUGUGAGAGCUCCUUCAGGUGGACCAGGCACAAACCAAUAUAGUGCUGUUAAUCCUGAAGGCGGGCAUCCUCAUGUUGUUCAAGGGGCAUAUGCGUGGGGUUUCGACAUACGAAACUGGCAGAAGCACCUUAAUCCAUUGACAUGGCCAGAAGUGUUGAGGCAAUUCGCAUUAUCUGCUGGUUUUGGGCCACAGUUGAAGAAAAAGGGCAUUGUUCGGGGCCCCUCAAACGACAAUGAUGAGAAUAAAGGUUGUGAAGAGAUUGUGUCCACCUUGAGAAAUGGUUCAGCUGUUGAGAAUGCCGUUGCAAUCAUGCAAGAGAAAGGAUUAUCCCUUCAGCGCAAAUCCAGGCACCGGUUGACUCCUGGAACUGUUAAAUUUGCUGCUUAUCAUGUUCUUGCUCUUGAGGGAAGCAAAGGGCUAAAUGUUAUUGAACUUGCUGAUAAGAUUCAAAAAUCCGGGCUCCGAGACCUGACAACAAGCAAGACUCCAGAAGCUUCUAUAUCUGUUGCCUUGUCGAGGGAUCCAGUACUGUUUGAAAGAAUUGCUCCUUCUACAUACUGUGUACGUCCAGCUUUCAGAAAGGAUCCUGCUGAUGCUGAAUCAAUAAUUGCUUCAGCUAAAGAAAAAAUACAGAGAUAUGCAAAUGGUUUUCUGGCUGGUCAAAAUGUUGACGAGGAAGAAAGGGAAGAUGACUCUGAUAGCGAUGUUGGCGAGGGUACAGAAGUAGAUGCCUUAGCUACCCCUUUGGUUGAUACAAACAAAACUGGUGAAUGUAUCGAAAUCGAGUCAUGCUCUGGUAGUGGUAAAGACAAGCUGCUUUCUGACCCUGCUGCUCCCCCACCAAAUGAAAUUGGUAGUAUUGAUAUUGUAGAGGGACAUCCUGAACAAGGUGUUGAGAUUGAUGAAAGCAAGUUGGGUGAGCCUUGGGUCCAGGGACUCACAGAAGGAGAAUAUUCAGAUCUAUCGGUCGAGGAGCGUCUCAAUGCCCUUGUGGCCUUGAUUGGCAUUGCAAAUGAAGGGAACUCGAUUCGUGUAAUUCUUGAGGAGCGAAUGGAUGCUGCAAAUGCUCUUAAAAAGCAGAUGUGGGCUGCAGCUCAGCUGGACAAAAGGCGAUUGAGGGAGGAAAUCAUUACCAAGCUUUAUGAUUCUUCUUUCAAUGCUGCUGGAGAGAGUGGCUUGAGUCCAUUAGUUGCUGUGGAGAAUAAAAUGUACGACCUUUCAGCAACAAAUAUUGGGAAAACUGAAAUGGCAGAGGAUACUCAAAAUUCCAUUGAUAAUCUGGCUCCGGAUGCAUCCAUGGGUCAGUUCAUUUCUCCAGCUCAGAACGGACAUUCGACAGAAAGGUCUCGCCUGCAGCUGAAGUCUUAUAUAGGCCAUAGAUCAGAGGAACUUCAUGUCUACAGGUCCCUGCCUCUGGGUCAAGACAGAAGGAGAAAUCGUUAUUGGCAGUUUAUUGCUACAGCUUCUUGCUUUGAUCCUGGUUCCGGUAGAAUUUUCGUUGAGUCGCCCAAUGGCAGUUGGAGACUUAUUGAUACUGAAGAGGCGUUUGAUGCUCUUCUGACAUCUUUGGACACCCGUGGGACCAGAGAAUGCCAUUUGCAAAUAAUGCUGCAAAAGAUUGAAGCCUGCUUCAAGCAGCGUCUACAAAGGAAUCGGUUAUUCCCCAACAUCUCGGACGACAACAGGGACAAGGCAGGACAAGAAGCCGAGAGCCCCAGUAGUGCAGUUUUUAAUAUAAGCUCUGAUGGGCCAGAACCAUUAUCUUCCUUCAGAAUCGAGACAGGAAAGAAUGAGACCGAGAGAAAGGUCUUUCUGAAGAGAUACAAAGACUUACAGGCUUGGAUAUGGAAAGAGUGCUUUAGCCCGUUGGUUGUAAGUGCCAUGGCAUAUGGGAAUAACAGGUGCUUGCCUGUGUUGGGAGUAUGUGAGAUUUGCCUUGAUACGUACGAUUCUGUGGACAUUUGCCAUUCUUGCCAUGAAAUUCAAAGCAAGGCUGUGGAAAGCGGAAGUUUUUCGAAGCAGUUCAAUGGAGAAACUAAUAUUGUUGAUGGGAUGGGCUUAACUAUGUCAGACUGGUCUCCAUUGGGAAUCAGGUUGAUCAAGGCCAUUCUAUCUUCGUUUGAGGCUGCUCUUCCUGCUGAGGCUCUUCAUUCUUCCUGGACUGAAGACUGUAGGAAAGCGUGGGGCUUCGCGCUGCAGAAAUCGUCGUCCAUCGAGGAUCUCCUACAGAUCCUUACUCAGCUCGAGGCUGCUGUUAAACGUGAUUAUCUGUCUGAAGAUUUUGAGACCACAGAAGAAUUGCUAUGCUUAGAUUCAUCGAGAGUUGCUUCUGGUGAAUUUAGUUACCCUGGUGGACGUGUUCCUCAACUCCCUUGGAUCCCAAAGACUUUAGCUGCCGUGGGUCUGAGGCUUUUGGAGCUUGACGGGUCAAUCUUCUAUACUGCGAACCAGAAGGCCGAGUCCCUCGAUCGAAAGAAAUUGGAAGGCCUUCCAAUAUACGGCCACCCGAAGGAUGGCCUAAAGGCUGAAGCUUUGGGCCCCGACAGGCUCGGAUUCAUAAAAGAAGAAAACUUGGAAAACCUUCGAGACAUCACCCCCACCAGCCGCGGACGAGGUGGUUGGCCUCGUGGUAAGUCUCAGAAGAAGGGCACAGGCCCAUUACCACGGACCGCCAAGCAGAGCAGCAGCAUGAAACAAAACGAGACGCUGGCCCAGAUCCUCAUGCAGCAAGGGAUGAGGGAACCGGGGCAGAAGAACGUGCGUGGCCGGAGGACCGUCCGGAGGAGACCGGAGAAGAAGGCCGAAAACGAGACCUUGCAGGAUUAUUUGGACGAGAAGAGCUCUUUUCCGAGGAAUUCGGGUCGGGAGAGGGCUAGUGAUUUUAGAGGUAGGAAUAGUAGUAGUAAUGUUAUGGUCGAGAAUAAUGAGAGCAGUAGUAGUAGCAGCGGUAUGGAGGAAGAAGCUGGCAGGGAUUCAGAUUAUGAUGAUGUGAACGAGAAUUUGAGCGGAUACGAGAAGUGGGGCAUGUCGGGGUAUGGUGGAGUUGAGGUUGGUGGUUUGAACAGAGAUGAUGAGAUGAUGAGUGAGGAGGAGGAUGAAGAAGAAGAUGAUGUGAAUGGUUAUGAUGAAGAAGAUGAUGGUGGGAAUAUGGAGGAGGGAGAAGGAUAUAUGGGAUUUAUCAACUAUGAUGAAGAAGAAGAUGAGGAUGAUGAAGGGCAGGGAAAUCGGGUCGAGCGUUCGGAUUCAGAGGAGUCGGAGGAUUACAGUGACUGA